AUGUUCAAUGAAGGCGACGAAACUUGGACACAAAUUCCCGUACAAGCGCUUUGCGCUGCUGAACUGUGCAUCGGAAUCGCUUGUGCCUGUAUGCCCGUGAUUUUUGUUCUGUUCCGAGGCAUUCCAGACAAAACAGCUCGCUGGUAUCAGGAGAUGCGGUCAUGGACUUACAGAGAAGUAAGAUCUGGGAGCAACACACAAGCCGAUACUGAGAAGGGCAUGGUGCGCCCGCCUCAUUUCCCUACAGGAACUCUGGGAGGUUUGAAGUCAUCUAUACGAAGAGUUUACGUUCCAAAGCGUUCUAACAGGAUUCCACCUUCUCAAGGGGAGGUUGUUACCCUGGCAACUGCAGACUAUGACUACCACGCAUUUUUGGGACAAUCUUCCAAAAGCCAGGGCGCCAUGUUGGAGGGAAGAAUGGAAGCUGCUUAG